AAGCCUCUUCUUCAUCCACUUUUUUGCUUGUCUCCCUGAACCAUCUGUGAGGCUGAGACUCAAAUUUACAUAAGAGCCAGAAACCAUCAACCCAACCUCUUCACACACUAACGUCUACAUUCAGUCUCUAAAAAAGACUUAAACUUUGGCUCAUGUGGGAAGUGGUGGUAGUGGUGGAGACUUAAUAAAAGGUGGUUUUGUCUUCCUGAAGUGGAAAUGUAGGGCCGUCACAUCUUUUCACCAUCUGCCUGUUUCCUCCCUCCCUUUCUGUUUAACGAAAGUGUAACCACCGUACUUCUCCCCACCUCCCCGCACCUCCCCCCACCCAACGCAAGCAACUGAACCGCCUAUGAUGUCAUAAUCACAAUCCCAUUACCUCAUCCUGCUGGGGGGGGGGCGGAGAGGGAGGAUAGGGAGUGAACAGCCUUGGGCUAUCCUGAGCUUUACAAAGUGUUCUGGGUGAGGGCAAAUUACAAAACCGAGUGGAAACGGCCCCGCAACCAUUACUCAGCAGGCAUGACUGGAGAGGGAAGUCCCAAUGGUGCUAGAAUGGUGCUGCAGUGGCAGAAGACGGCUCACGAGUGAGGUCUGGAAGAACAACAGGGAAGACAUCCAUCAUUUGCUCCAAAGUGUGCAAGUCAAAUCCUGGGGAGAAUCAUGAUAACCCUGAUCACUGAGCAGCUACAGAAGCAGACUCUGGAUGAGCUGAAAUGCACACGCUUCAGCAUCAGUCUGCCUUUGCCUGAUCAUGCAGACAUCUCCAACUGUGGGAACCCUUUCCAGCUUGUGUCUGAAGGUGCUUCCUGGAGGGGCCUGCCCCACUGUUCCUGUGCUGAGUUCCAGGACAGCCUCAACUUCAGCUAUCAUCCCUCAGGCCUGAGCCUACACCUCAGACCACCCAGUCGGGGAAGCUCCCCCAAGGAGCAGCCCCUCUCGCAAGUCCUAAGCCCUGAGCCCCCAGACCCAGAGAAGCUUCCUGUGCCCCCUGCCCCUCCAUCUAAGAGGCACUGCCGCUCACUCUCAGUGCCCGUGGACCUGUCUCGCUGGCAGCCGGUGUGGCGGCCCGCCCCCUCCAAGCUGUGGACUCCCAUCAAGCACCGGGGCAGUGGUGGAGGGGGUGGGCCGCAGGUGCCUCACCAGAGCCCCCCAAAGCGGGUCUCCAGCCUCAGGUUCCUCCAAGCUCCCAGUGCCUCUUCUCAAUGUGCCCCAGCCCACAGACCCUACAGCCCUCCUUUCUUCAGCCUGGCCCUGGCCCAAGAUUCCUCUCGACCCUGCGCUGCCUCCCCUCAGAGUGGCUCCUGGGAGAGUGAUGCUGAGUCCUUGUCACCUUGCCCACCUCAGCGCCGCUUCUCCCUGUCACCCAGCCUGGGCCCACAGGCAAGCCGCUUCUUGCCUUCUGCCCGGAGCUCUCCCGCAUCCUCCCCAGAGCUGCCCUGGCGACCUCGAGGUCUCCGUAACCUUCCCCGAAGCCGCUCACAGCCUUGUGAUCUGGAUGCCCGCAAAACUGGGGUCAAGCGGCGCCACGAGGAGGACCCCCGGCGUCUGCGGCCUUCCUUGGACUUUGACAAGAUGAAUCAGAAACCAUACUCAGGAGGUCUCUGUCUCCAAGAAACAGCCCGGGAAGGCAGCAGCAUCUCUCCACCAUGGUUCAUGGCCUGUAGCCCCCAACCCCUCUCUGCUUCCUGCAGCCCCAUUGGGGGUUCCUCCCAGGUGCUGAGUGAAAGCGAAGAGGAGGAGGAGGGGGCUGUUCGGUGGGGUCGGCAGGCACUGAGCAAGCGGACACUGUGCCAGCAGGACUUUGGGGACCUGGACUUGAAUUUGAUUGAGGAGAACUAAAACUGAGAGGCUGCUUCCUGGGGCCACACAGACUGACUCUCUUAUGGCUACUAACAAGUGUCAAGGCCCCAAGGCUGGGGGCCUAGCCUGGGAAUGGGGGUGAGUGGAGGGCUCCGACUCAGGGCAGCCGGAAAUCUUCUUGCUCCAGCAAGCUCGACCAUGCCAAGAGACUGGCCGGGACAAGAUAAACGGAGCUGGUGGCGGGAGGGACAGCCCCAGAGCAGACCCUUCCCAUGGCGGCCCUGAGUGUGAGUAUCCCUGCCACAAGGAGAGCAAUGGGCAGGGAAGGAAGGGGUCUGCUGACCCCAGCUCGGGGAAUUUCACUAGCCCCUUUGCUUCAAAGGGCACUUGUGUCUUAGAAUUUGGCCAGGGUGGGGGGUUGAGUCAGCCUCCUCGGAGAAACUGUGUGAGAGUGUGUGCGUGCAUGGGAGUGUACUUGUGGAAAGGUGUGUUUGCGUAGCCUUAGGGAAGGAAGGCAGUUGCUCCUUAACAGCAGAGUAUCAUGAUACCCCCAGGAUCUUGAGUUUUUUACAGGAUGGUGGGUUUGCUCAAGGAGUUAAGAGGUGGGCACCAAGUUUUCCCUUUUUCUAAAUAGCUCUGGAACAGGCUUGUAAUCCAUAGCAUCACCAACUCUGCAAAGGAUUUCAUUUUGGGGCACAGCAGGGUGUGUUAAGUGCUAUGACUUCAGCUAAUGAUCUUUUCCUCAGCUGCCCCACCCACCCACUAGCUCGAUCUAGUAUAUUGGGGAAUGCAGAUGGCGGGGGUGUCACCGUAUUUUUUCCAUGCUGGCCUUUUUUUCUCAUCAGAUUGUCUAGGCUUUAUACCAGCUGCCUCUCUUGCCCUCUUGAGUAGAGUUGCACAUGGCACAUGAGCAACUGAGGCAGGGUUAGGGGUUCCAUCUCUCUCUUCUCUGCUGAUGGGACCCUUUUCCCCUUACCCUCUGCCCUUUUAGGUCAUAGACUAGGUAGGAAGGCCCUAUAUUGGUCCUCAUAGUGAGGCAGACCUGCAGCAGAAGCGGCAUUCAGUCCUCAGCAGACAUGGUGAGCUCACCGCAGCACUGCUAUUGGGAAGCUGACUGCAGGAAACCAGUUCUUACAAGAUCCAGGCCCAGCCUCUUCGUUUUGUCCAGUUUUGGUUAGACCCUGCUUGAGAAAGAGGAAGGGGUGUUUAGCAUUUAAUAGUUUGCUCUUCUUCCACUCCUGCCAGGAAAUGUUUAUUUGCCUCUAAUUGGCCCUUAGAGACCAUAGGGAGGUUGGGGCUCCCUGAGGGAUUGGCUGAGGAUGUAUAAAGCAAAGGCUGUAAGAAGCAAUUGGGAGUUUGGUUGUCAUUGGAUUGCAUUUACUUUUUUGUUUCUCACCUGGAACUUGAGUCUGGACCGCUGGUCCCAGUGGCCACAGUGAUGGGUUUAAGUACCGUGGUAGGGCUGGCACCAGUGGAAACACAUACUAAAGCUGCCACUACAAUAGCUUGUGAGGUUUUGUCCAGUUUUGGUUAGACCCUGCAUGACCAAAUUGGACCUACCCUUCUUGUUUAUGGCAAGAAGGACAUUUUUCUCUUCAAUUUCCAGGGUUUUCUAGGACCCACUUCCUCAUGUAAGGGAAGAAGACCAAGGUCUUUGUGUUUUCUUCCUCAUGGAAUUGAACCUGACAUUUUCUGGGUUUCCUGUGUGUCAACAUCAGUGAGGCUUCAGCCUCCUCGUCUCUACUCCAGAGAGGAGAUGGCCAUGUCUUCUUAAGCCUUUGGCCCUCAGAGGCUCCUCUGUAUCUCCUGGCUAGUUACCACUGGGCUACCAGAUCUCUAGGGGCCUGAGAGAGGCCCUCUGGAGAAUCUAGGGGAACUGUGAGCCCAGGACUUGCCGAUCUAUGGUUUCAUUCCUCCCCUGGCUCUUCUCCCUCUUCAGGCCAUAAUUUCCCUGGUGCCAACUUCUUUUCUUCCUAGGGUAUCCUCAUCCCUGGGCUCUCUGCUGCAGAUUGGCUAUGCCAGCUUCCAACAGGUCACUGGCAAUGCCAAUGAGGUUUCUGCAGGCCCUAAGCUGAAGAAGUGAGACAGUGAUUCUGCCUCCAUCCUGGUUUCCCCAAAGCCCCAGGGCACCAUUCUAAGGGGAGAAGGUCUACAGUUCUCAUUAUUUUAAUUCCAUUACUUUUAGCCUGGAAAACUAAGCUAGUCAGAACUAUCAUCUUGCUUCCCAAUGUAAGAACCUGUGGCCCUGGAACAGGCAUUUUCAAGAAGUGGUUUAUGUUGCUCUACACAGUAGAUCUGUUUCAACAGUUCUGUGUAAAACAAAUGCUAUUUUUCAAUGCAUUUGGACUGCUGACCAUUUAAAAGCAGCCUAUGAUUGCUUCUUUUUGUAAAGCAAGCAACCUCCCUCCACUUUAGCUGUUUUGACUAUUUGGAUUGUCACAUACUGGGCUUACCCAGAGUGGAGCACACCUCCAGGGCAUGUGGCUGACACUGGGUAGAUGUCUGCAUCUGUGCUGUGUGUGUGGUGUGGUUGGCCAGUAGGUGAGUAUACCUGCGUGUGUGAGUGAAGCCACUCCCCAGGCUGGUGCUCUCCUCCUGUGCCCAGUGACUGCCCAGUGGCAGCCCAGCUGCCCUUCACUCCCACCUGCUGCCAAAGUCCCUGUGCUAAUGGGAUUACAAAUACAAAAAGUGGAAAAAUUUUUCGUAAACUUUGUUUUAUAUUAAAAAAAAAUCCAUAAGUCUGUGUGUGUUAAACAUGAGGUUCUGCCUCUGUGGCUGUGUUUGAAGAAAUAAAGUUUUAUUAGAAUAAUCCAUUUUCCCAAGCAA